CAGAGAGUAGCCAUUUGUUUACACUCGUCAGCUGAGAGACAAAGAGAACGUCUAACUGAUUGUCCCUCGAAAAGAUCUGCCAUAGAGUCAUCAUGGCUGAUGUUACCUCUAUAGAGCACCCGACUCUCAAGGUACCAUAUGAUGUCCUGAACAAGAAGUUUCGUUUGGCACAGAAGACCCUAGACAGGGAGGUGUGCCACGUGACGACUGCAGUCUCAGAACUUGAGAGGGUCCUCUUCACAGAUAACCGCAGUGCCUCGCAUAUCUCGUCUCUACUAGGGGGUGUAGUGGAAAAGUUGUCUUCCUUUAAGCGAAAGGCAGAAGAGGCAACACAGGAGGAGAUAGAGUGUGGACGUGUUGUCAAGCGACGAGUUGAUCAUGUGAAGGAACACGACUCCCUCAGUCCUUCUGUAGUGGCUGAGUGGAAGCGUACCAGAUUGGAUCGACUUUUAGUAGAGUAUUUGCUGAGAGCAGGUUGCUACUCCACGGCAACUAAGUUGGCCAGCACACGAGGGAUAGAAGGGCUGACAAACCUAGAUGUGUUCCUAGUAGCCCGAGAAGUGGAGCAGUCCCUAGCUUGCCGUGACACAACCAAGUGCCUUGCCUGGUGCCACGAUAAUAAGAGUAAAUUGCGGAAAUUAAAUUCUUCUUUAGAAUUUAACGUUCGGAUGCAAGAGUUUAUCGAGUUGAUCAAGAGUGACCGUAGGAUGGAAGCAAUUCGACAUGCAAGAAAGCACUUCACUGGACAGGAUCCAGCUCAUUUACCAUCUAUACAAAGGUGUAUGGCACUUAUUGCCUUUCCGUCUGGCACUGAUGUUAGCCCAUACAAAGAAUUGCUCUCAGAUGUACGAUGGGAUCAGCUGAUUGAACAGUUUAGAGCAGAGAACCUCAAGUUGUACCAGCUUUCAUCACAGUCUGCCUUUUCUGUUGUACUUCAGUCUGGUCUUUCUGCGCUGAAAACUCCACAUUGCUACAGGGGUGCAACCGGUCACAACCCAGACUGCCCUGUUUGCCAGCGUUCUCUAAAUGCAUUGGCGGCUCCUCUUCCUUAUGCUCACUGCUCACAGUCUCGACUUGUAUGCCACAUAAGUGGGGACCAGCUCAAUGAAAACAACCUGCCACUUAUGUUGCCAAAUGGAUAUGUUUACGGCCAGAAGGCUCUUCAACAAAUGGCAAACGAGAACAAUGGAACAAUUGUCUGUCCACGAACACGACAAACUUACAAUAUUCGAGAUGCUGAAAAAGUGUUUGUAAUGUGAGCAUCUUUGAUCAGUUUAGGAUAUGUUUGUAAGAUUAUAAAACAUCUAACACAUGUCAUAAAAGUAUGCCAUACUGUUCUUAUUCUUAUCAUCAUUAUUCUUUUAUAAUACUGUAAUUGCUUUUUAAUGGAAUUUACACUGUUGUGCAGUGUCCUUAGUUAUUACUUUUUUCUAUAGACCUAAAGAUAACAUAGGGAACUUGAUACAGAUUCUUUGUCAGGAUUGUUAUCAUAAAGGAAAGAUGAGAAAAAAUGACCUUCUCUUUCUUCUGCCUUAGAUCCAUAAUUUAAGGAUUAAUUGAUUAAGUUUCAAGUAUUUUGUGUUGUUGAUCGAGCUAUUUUGUUUUUAGACGCUGGAUCAUUGCAUGCUGUUUAUCUUUUUUUAUGUAAGAAUAAGUAUCAGGGAUGUAAGAUAUGAGAUUAUCUGGAAACCAAGUUGCAGCCAUGACAAGGAUGUAAAUUUAAAUUUUUCUUUUCUCUUUUCAUUGUUUAUAAUUUUUUUUUUAUUAUUAUUAUUAUUAUUCUGUAUUUUGAAGACUUACCUAAUUAUUUAUUAUUUUAUUAUUUAUUUAAGUGAGUGUGUACUCUAUUAAGUUGCUACAGUUUAGUUCUUAUGUUUUGGGUGUUGAGCCAGAGGGGUUUGUGAAGAUGCCGUUCAUUUCUUGGCUGUUUUUAAGAAAUACUGAAAUGCAGUCUAUUGAAAAAGAAAUUAAGAGAAAAACUAAAAAUAAAACAGAUUUGAAAGGUCAGGAUAGAAACUAAGAGGAAGCCUAAAAAUAAAACAGAUUUGAAAGGUCAGGAUAGAAACUAAGAGGAAGACUAAAAAUAAAACAGAUUUUAAAGUUCAGGAUAUCUAAAGCCGUUUAUAGCAGAUGACUAGUCAGUAAAGGGUUUUCAUUAAUUUGUAUGAUUGAACCAUUUCAUGUGAAACAGAAAUGAUUGUGAUGAAAUGGUCUACUUCAAAGAAAAGACAAGUAAAAGAGAUUAUAAUACAGGGGAGUAGAUGUCACAGAUCAGUAUAUAUCAACUAGUUCUGUGCAUACUUUUGAAAAAUUAUUAAUGCUCAGGAAUAUACAGACUGUCAAAGGCCUAAUAAUGUAAUUAAACAUGUACAUAGAUGUGGUUAUAUGUGAAUAAAAGACUGUAGUGUACCACUGUAGAGUAAUCUUAGGCAAUGUAAGGCAAGAUGAGAUACAGAAAAUCAGAAAAUAAUAAAGAAAAUGAUAAUAGAUAGAGUGGAGAGCGGAUAAUUAUUGUCUGCAUGUGGACUUAUUUGGUCUUGAAGCUCAGUCGACAACUGUUUCGCAAGAGGCACAAAAUGCAGAUUAGAUUCAAUUUUUGUCUUCCAGUGCCAUGUAUUUAUUAUUAUUAUUAUUAUUAUUAAUUAUUUUUUUUUUUUUUUUUUUUUUUUUUUUUUUUUUUUUUACCUUCCUUAUCUCUAAGUCAUUGAGGAUUGUGAGUAAUCCCCUCUGGCCUUUAUUUUUUAUAUGUACAUUUUUCUUUCAGUUGGAAAUUCAGAUAUUUUUGUAUUUUAUUCAAAUGUUUGCAUAUUUUUAUAUAUAUGUAUAUGAAGUAUUUGAAUACUGUAUUAAGAAAACCAGAAUAUGAAAGAUUUUUUAUUUUAUUUGGAAUAUACAUUACUAUUUGGUAGAAUGUGCUUUUUAUUGUCAUUUUUACAGCUUCUUAUUUUUCACAAUUCUCUACUAAUGCAUUCUUUAGGGCAUAUAUUACAUUCUGAGAAUUUUUGAAUACAUAGGUUUUUUUAUUCAUGUACCGGUGUGUAUAUAAUAUUUUUAUGUCAUUCAGAAAAAAGUGCAUUUGGAAUACAUGUUUUUUUUUUUUUUUCUUUCUUUCUUUUUUUCAUUCAGAGAAAUUAAAUGUUUUCACUUUUUGUCAUUUUUUAAAGUCAAAUUCUCUCCAGAUCAUCUCCUCUUUUUUCUUUUUUUCUUUUUUGGAAGUAACAGUUGAAAAUGAUAUAAGAAAGGGAAAUGGAAUGUUUUCCUUUAUUUAUCAUUUUCGACAUCGAUACUCUUCUUUCUUACUACACGAACAGGAAAUUAUGUUGGAAACAAAUGGCAACUGAAUGUGACUGGUUAGGUAAUUUUCAUGAAGAAGUAUGGGUGAAUAUAUGAAAUAAAGACAGUUAAGUUGA